AUGUCCGAGUAUUAUCCACUGACUCCUUCUCCGCGAGGUCUUAUCCUCGGCCCUCACGACUUCUUUCCGUUAGAUUCCGAAGAUGAUGCUGACCUUGACAUUCUGGCUCGCACCUUCGCUGAGUAUCUAAUCGUAUCAGAUUUAGAAGACCACUGCGUAAAAGUUUUUAACAGGGAACAGGGAAUUUUUCUGUGCAAGUUUACAAGUGUUGGGGAUGCCUACGGGCAGUUCGAUGAACCCUCUUUUUUAGCAGUUGACAAGGCAGGACACCUAAUGGUCUGUGAUACAGGUAAUCACAGAAUCCAGGUGUUCAAACUCAAUGGAGAGUUUGUUGCAAAGUUUGGGACCGAAGGCAGCGAGUUAGGAGAGUUUGACACUCCAAGCGGUAUAGCAGUUCUUAGCGAUGGUCGGAUAGUUGUAUCUGACACUGACAAUCGUCGUAUUCAGGUCUUCGAGUGA